AUACGGCUAUUUAGAAUGAUAUUUCAGAUUUUCAGUUAUUGUUUGGACACCGGUAAGCACUGGUCGUGUAGUUUUUAUAAUAUUAAAAUAUAUAUUUUUAAAACGAAAAUGGAAAAGUGGAAUGGAAAAGUUGCUGUAGUGACGGGUGCUUCUUCUGGUAUCGGAGAGGAGACUUGUCGACAACUGGUUGAAAGGGGAAUGAUUGUUGUUGGUUUUGCUAGAAGAGAAGAUAAACUUCAGGUGUUGGAAAACGAUUUAAAAGGAAAACUGGGUAAAUUUUAUUACGUUAAAGUUGAUUUAUGUUCGGAAGAAAACAUUAUGGAAGCUUUUAAUUGGGUAAAGAGUACAUUGAAAUCGUUAGACGUACUAAUUAACAAUGCUGGUGUUUUGAAGCAAACUGAUUUAUUAGGAAGCACAAAAGAUUGGAAACAAAUGUUUGACACUAAUGUCAUAGGACUUAAUAUCUGCAGCAGAGAGGCCAUAAAAAUUAUGGAGCAAGUACAAAUCAAAGAGGGUCACAUAAUAAAUAUUAACAGUGUUGCAGGUCAUUAUCAAUUUCCAUUUAUGAAGGAUAUUUCAGUUUAUAGCACUACCAAACAUAGUGUUACUAUAAUCACAGAGAGUUUAAGAGAAUUGCUGGGCAUGAAAAAUUUACCCAUCAGAGUAACGAGUAUCAGUCCGGCCGGAGUAGAAACCGAAAUGACUGUAGAGUUAAGCAAAUUGGAAGGAUUUAAAAUGUUGAAAUCUAUUGACAUUGCUGAAGCUAUUUUAUACGCGUUGAGUGCACCGCAACGUGUUAACGUCGCCGAAAUCAUCAUUAGACCAACAAGUGAAAAUACAUUAGAUUUUAUUAAGAGUCUUGUGUAGAUAUUGUUGAAUAUUCAGCAUUUAUGUAUGCUGCAUUUUGUAGUACACUCAGCAAUAUAGACAGUAUAGAAGUAUCGCAUAUAUUACGAUCAGUAGGACUGUCCAUUGGUCAUUAGUGAAUAUAAAUUUUUUUAAUGUACAUCAUUACUAUUUGUAUACCUAAAGUUAAAGUAAUUUAUUGUUAGCAGUUAUAACUACAGUAAACAAAUAUAAAUUACUAUAAAAUACGUU